AUGGCCUCAUUCAAAGACAAAGACCCUGAAACACUGCAGCAAGCAGCGAGACAGCUCAGCCCCGUGCUAUGUUUUGGAGAGAUCGGCUUCAUGGGACUCCCAGAACUGGAAGACACCUCUGGAAAGUUUAUGCUUCCCUGGGGCGUUGCAGUGAAUGAAGAAGAUGAAAUAGCCGUCACCGAUAGUGGGCACAAUAGAGUGCAGGUAUUUAGGAGUGAUGGCUCUCACUUGAUCACGUUUGGUUCCCGUAGUGGUUUAAAAUGUGAUAGAAACGGAGAAUUUGACUUUCCUACUGGGAUUGUUUUUGACAAAAAAGGCCAUAUUAUAGUGGCCGAUUCUUGCAAUCACCGAGUUCAAAUUUUCAGUGGGAGGGGUGAUUACCUGAGCCAAUUUGGAAAGGAAGGGAGCCUUGACCAUGAGUUGAUGAAGCCUUAUGGCUUAUCUCUAGACAGUGAUGGUAACAUUAUUGUUGCUGACACAGGCAACAAGCUGAUUAAGUUCUUUACUCCAAGUGGUGAAUUUAUCCGCAAAAUAGGCGGGGACGGGAUACUGGAUAAUGCCCAUUACUGUGUUCAACAGGGAAAACACUUUAUUGUGUCAGACAUAGAUCACUGCAUAAAAAUAUUUGACCUCAAGGGAAAUUAUUUAUACAAAUUUGGUAAGCAAGGGGAAGGAGAUGGGGAUUUCAAAUCACCUCGUGGCUUGUUAGUGACCCAGGCUGGCCAACUGGCUGUCUGUGAUUCAGAUAAUCAUCGUGUUCAAGUUUUCAAGCAGAACGGAAAGUUUUUCACAAAGUUUGGCAAGAAUGGUAGUGAGAUAGGAGAUUUGUAUUACCCGACCUCAUUAGCAGCUUUAAGCGAUGGAAAAAUAGUCAUAGCUGAUAUGUACAAUAAUCGCAUUCAAAUAUUCAAGUAG